GGGCCAGCGCUUCCUCGCCAGCCGAUAUGGACCCUGAGGUGAGAGGCCGCGCCGGCCCCCAGCUGUGGCGCAGGUCUAUAGGCUGCUGAGGGGCGAGGCCGCCUCGGAGUAAACGCUGCUCGGAAGGAGAAAAGGGGCUCGGGGAGGCUCUGCAGUCCCCGCUGGAGGCUCUGGCGUGGUUUCCAUGGAUGGAAUGAGUGGGAGAAGGAACUCACUGGUGACAGCUGCAGCUAAUAAAGGAAACACUGUGUUGCAUUCUGAUUUGAUUCAUGAGAAGCCAAAGAAACUGCAAAGUUCCUGUGAAAAUAUUUUCUCUAUUGGCUAUGUUGAGAGUCUCUUCAGGUCAUUAACACCACCCCCUGAAAUGAGGACUUGCCAUCACUGUGGCCUGUUUGGAUCCCUCAGAUGUUCACAGUGCAACCAAAUAACCUAUUGUUCUGAAGAUUGUCGGACAAAAGAUUGGAGAGCACAUAGAGUUGUGUGUGUGCCAAUUAAGCAGAGUGUAAGUAAUAACAAUGGAGGCAAGUCACCUGCUAAAACCAAGAAGGAAGUUUGUCUUAAGGAUAAUUCAACUUCUGUGGAUUCUCUCAAGACAGAAGAGCACAUCGAGAAAGUAAUGAUUUCAGAUCUCCAGACUCUAGGGAUCAAAAAAGCUAUGGAAGUACAGGGUACAAUAGCAGAGUUCAAGAGUCUGAGUGAAUUUUAUCUACAAAUGAAUCGUCCAGAAGUUUUAGACCAGAUCAGUAAUCUUUCUGUGAAACUGCAAAACUGUUAUGGUAACACAAUUAUUCAAAAGAAGUACAUUGCUAUCAAAGGAGAAGUCUGCGUUGCAAGGUGUUCUUUGGAUCAGACCUGGAGCAGAGCACUGGUAAAAGAUGUGGAUACGUUUCAGAAGAAAGCACAAGUAUUCUUUAUAGAUUAUGGAAAUGAAGAAAGUGUUCCACUCUCCUGUCUCAGAGCUCUGCACAAAGACACUGAACUGUUGCUUCCUCCAUGUGUCAUUAAAUGUUCCUUUGCUAAUUGUUGUGGAAAAAGAAAAGGAUGGAAUGAAGGCAUCGCCAGCUUUUUGUCCCAAAUGGUGGGAAAGCAAUGCUCAGUCACUGUUGUUGAAAUAUUACAGGAGGAAAUGAUGUUGAGUUUUGCUGUAGAUGUUAUUCUUCCAGGUUUUGGAGACUGCCUGAAUAAAGUACCUUUAGAAAUGAGGCGUGAUAUAACUCCAGGAAGUAAUGACAAAGCAGUAGGCUCUCCAAAAGUGUCAGAAAACUAUUCUGAGAGAAGUAAAGAAAAAAUACCUGAAGAUGAAGAAAUACGUGCUGACUCAGUUGCAGAGUGUGUCUCUGUAUGUGUUGGAGAAGCAUUUUCUGGAGUGGUUUCCUUCAUCCAAAACCCAAAUGACUUCUUCUGUCAGCAGUUGUGCAGUAGCUGUCCACUCGCUGAUCUUCAAGUGUCACUUAAUGAACAAUGUGACAAAUUUCCCAGUAGUGUAGAUUUCCGUCCUGCUGUUGGAGAUAUGUGCUGUGCUCAUUUCAAAGAAGACAACCUUUGGUAUCGUGCUGCUGUGCUAGAAUACAUUUCUGAAGAUGUUGUUUUGGUGGUCUACAUAGAUUACGGUAAUUUGGAAGCUGUUCCACUGACUAGACUUCGUCCUAUGAUCCCAAGAUUAAGGGAUUUGCCAGCUCUAGCCAUCAGAUGUACCUUGGCAGGUGUAAAGCCACCAUUAGAAUUCUGGACCUCAAAAGCUACUUCUGUUAUGAAACAACUGGUGAAAAACAAAGUGUUCAUGGUAAAAGUAGUGGGUAAAGAAAGUGUUAAAUGUGUGGUGGAGCUUGUAGAUACAUCAGUUACUCCAGAAAUGAAUUUAUCGAGCUAUCUCAUAAAGAAUGGCAUUGCAGCUGAGAAACUGAGGACGGCCUUACCAGCAACUGCAACGAGUGACGUUAAGCAAGCAAAGGGGGAGAGAAGGAAUAAAGUAUUUUACAAGUGGAAUAAAUUAACUGCUAAACAAACAGUAGAUGUCAUAGUGUGUACACUGUACAGUCCUGGAGAGUUCUACUGUCACAUUGCGAAUAACAAUGAGUUACUUGCUCUAAGCUCACUUAACAAGUCACUGUCUGAAUACUGUCAGCAAACUCCACCAAAUGUUUCUAAGCCAAAGAAUGGAGAACCUUACUGUGCUUUUUUCUCUGGUGAUGGGAACUGGUACCGUGCUUUGGUGCGAAAUGUUACUUCAGAUGGAACUGUUAAAGUGUACUUUGUGGACUAUGGGAAUGUUGAAGAAGUACCACUGGAUAAGAUCCGGCAGAUCUCACCCUCAUUCCUCAAGCUUCCAUUUCAAGGAAUCAAAUGCUGGCUCUCAGGUACGAGGCCUGGUAAUAGCAAAUGGAUUCCAGAAGCUACAGAGAGAUUUCACAUGUACACCAACGGGAUAAAACUUCAAGCCAGAGUAACUUCCAUUUCCAGAAAUGGGGCAGGUGUAGAGCUUAUUGACAAUUCCACAGGUCAUCCAAAAGUGAUCAAUGAGAUAUUAACUUCUGAAAAGCUAGCUGAAAAGGAAGUUCUACAAGAUAAAAAUAAUUUUCCAGACAAGUCUGUGGAUGAAGAAGAAACCUCACUUGGGCACUGGAAGAUGAUUGAAUUGGCUGUAGGUGAAACUAUAUUUGUCUGUGUAACAGAAGUUGUAAGCCCAGACUUGUUCUACGCUGUACCAGUUCAAACUGUAGAUGAAGAGAAGCUACAUAACCAGUUGAUUGAACUAGAAAGCUACUGUAAAUCUUGUAAGAACCAGUCCUUCAAACCCAAACUGGGUGAAGCCUGUUGUGCCAGGUUCUCAGGUGAUGGCUGUUGGUACAGAGCCCUUGUUCUCAAAGCAUCUCAGUCUGUUGUGGAAGUGCUAUACGUUGACUAUGGGAACACAGAAACUGUACCACUUUCAAGGGUGCUGCCAAUCACUGAUUCCUACUUAAAGCUGCCUUUUCUGACAAUUAUAUGCUCACUUGCAGGAAUAGAGAGAGCUGAGUGGUCUCCAUUAUUACUUGACAAGUUCAAAAAAAUGUUAUUGCACAAAUAUGUCACAAUUACAGUGAAAGGGAUCGAUGGAAAUGUGAACAGAGUAACAGUGGAGAAACAGUAUGAAAAUGGUAGUUUCAGUGUAGCUGAUGAAUUGAUAAUGGAAGGUUUGGUCAAGUCCUGCAGUGCUGAAAACUUAAAUACUGAACAUCAAGGUAACGGAAGCAAGACAAAAUGCUGCUGUGCAGAAUUAAAAGUGCAACUUAAAAAGCAUGAACAGAUCCUACUCUUCCUUCUAAACAAGUAUGGGAAUCCAGAUGAAAUGCAAUCACUGUUGGACCACUAAAUCUUUAUGUGCCGCUUCGUUUGUAUGUAGGUUGCUGAGGUUAAAAAUGAGAGUUGCUUUGUUUUAACUUGGCUGUUUAAGUACCUCUAUUCAUCUGUAGACAGAGAUUGUGAUGUGAGUAUGCAAUUGAAGGAUUUCAAAGCUGGAAGCUAAAAUUCCUGUUCUGUUUUUGUUUUUUGCCACUGUGUGCUGGUAAGCUCUUUUGUUUUGCUGUUGAAUGUUGGGUAACUGUGGAGCAGCCGCUGCAUUACGAGUCUGUUCUGUGUAAACUUACAUUUUGAAAUGACUGUAAUCGUAAAUCUUACUUCAACUUGAGUACACUUUAUUUUACUUGAAAAUCUAUCUUGAUUAGUCUUCUUUCAACUUCAUUUCAGGUCUGAAGCUAGACUGAAAUUAUUCUUCAUAAACUUGGUUUUGUAUCAUUAAUGUCUGAAUCUUGUCUGGGACUGCAUAUAGAUAGUCGUUAACACUUCAGUGCAUGCAGUUCUUUCUUUACACUGUGUAAUACUCAUCUCUGAAUAGUGAUUUAAAGUAAGUGAUAUUAGAGCUGUUUUCUCUGUAGCAGCCGUGUCAGGAUUUCUGUCCCAGAAAGUUUAUUCACAUCAUACAAGUCCCGUUCUGGGAUAUCAUUAAAAUACCGAAUCAAGUUAUGAACAGAUUCUCAGUAUUUCUCCAAAAUGCAGUUGGUACCUAAUUGUCACUUCUGACUAAUCCUGUGGUGGUGUUACUAAGGAAUGCCAAAUUACUGUUCAUAGAGCACAGGAGACACUUGCUUAUGAAAUUGCAGGGUCAUCUUUUUUUGUCCACUUGAAGUAUAUAUUUUAAAGCUCAGGCUUUGUGCAAAUUGGAAGGAUGUUGAGAUUAAACUUGUUGUGAAAGUGAAAUAUUUUAGUUUGAUUUCAUGUUUUA